AUGGCCAUGCAAAUGUGCAACAAACGUGCUACUCAGGUGGCAACGAAUCUUGUUCGACAACUCGCUAGACCUGUGCGAAUGAAAAUUGAAGAUGAUCAUAGUGAAGUUGAAUAUACACAUAUACCUCUACCAAAUACAUUAGUUUCCAUGAGUAAAACAUUAUUACAUGGUAAUGCGUCUAUUACAACUGGACUUAACUCUACUAUUAGCGUUCGUCAUGCGCAUACUGAUAUACAAGUACCAAAUUUCGAUUUCUAUCGUCGAAAAGCACGUCUUGAUUCGUCAAAAUCGUAUCGAGAUGCUGACGAUAAUACUUCACCUUAUUCUUAUUUAGCUCCUGUUGGUCUGGCUAUAACAUCAGCUUAUAUGGCAAAAUAUAUAGUUCGAGAUAUAGCUGCUUAUGUUGGUCCAGCUAAAGAUGUUAUGUCGCUUGCUAAAGUCGAAAUCAAACUCGAUGCUGUUCCCGUAGGAAAGAAUGCUGUAUUCGAAUGGCGUAAUAAACCAAUUUUUGUUCGCCAUCGUACAGCACAAGAAAUAGCACGAGAACAAGGUGUCAAUGUUGCUCAAUUGCGUGACCCGCAAAAUGAUGCUGAUCGUGUACAAAAAUCAGAAUGGUUAAUUGUUAUUGGUAUAUGUACUCAUCUUGGUUGUAUUCCAAUAGCAAAUGCCGGUGAAUUUGGUGGUUAUUAUUGUCCUUGUCAUGGUUCACAUUACGAUGCUUCUGGACGUAUACGAAAAGGUCCAGCACCACUUAAUCUUGAAGUUCCUCAAUAUGUUUUCAAAGAUGAUUCAACAGUUGUCAUCGGUUAG